UUGUGUGUGCAGGAGAGGAGUCGAGCGGAGAGAGCUGCUUUUGCAUGAAACGGGAGUAAAGCAGUGAACUUAGAGGAGAGAAACAAACUAAAGUAUCGAUCAUAUACCACUACCAACGUCUGGAUCGAUAUCUGCAUCGAUCUGCCCACCCUUGUCUCCUGGAUCGUAGCUGAGAUCAGCGUGAACCACGUGGGUCUCUGCUCCCUGAUCUGUUUCCUGUGUUUGGAAAGAGUUCCGGCUUCAUCACGGAGUUUCUCUCGGUUUGUGGGCUCAUCUAAAGGGAUAAAAUACAUAUCUAUACUUUUGUGUCCCAGCUGAGUAACAGGAGGAGAAGAGUCUGGUGGAGCAGCAGAGGAACAAUUUCAGCCAUUUGGACUCAGCUCAGCCACUACAGAGGAAACAAUGACUUCAAUACAGGAGGUUUCUCGUGACGCAGUGCGUCUGAUGUCAUGACGUCUCCGCCUUCUCCAGAAUUUUCUACCUGCGGUUGAGACCACCAUUUUGAGAGGCACUUGGCUGCAGGCAGGACCUCAUGAACAAUUUGGUCAAUAAGGUAACGAAGAUAUUACUUUUUCCAUAGUCCUUGAAGGUAAGUCAAAUGUAGAACACAUAUUUUAAUAUAUUAGAUAUAAAAAUAUUCCAACUGUAUUGUUAAGUGUUUAGUAAACUGACCUGACCAAACCGCUAUCAUUCAGCCCUGCUAACAUUAGCGAAAUGUCAGACCUGUUGGUAGUUUGUGCUUGGACAUGUAGGUUAAGUUAGUAGUUUGCCGGCGGUACUCUCUUGUUUUAAUAUCGUAACGCUAGCUUAAAGUUGUGUAUUCAUGCAGUGUGUCGGUGUUGGCUUACUGUUAGUUAUUCAUUAGCAUUAGCACAUUAUAGCGGCAAGCUGGGCCGCGGUUCUCUUCAGACUACGUUACUUCGGGCGCGCGCAUUUAUACACGAGUGGUUGUUCGCAGUAUGCCUGUCGGCGCGAAUAGUUCAUGCGGUCACGGCCACGGGUGAUGUAGGAGGUAAAGUUUAGCUGUGGUGGCUCCAGGAAGCAUGCAUUUACUGCCGCUUGCAUUGCUUUCAAUGUACAUGACGUUAAGAAGGCGAGGAGAAAGGGUGCGUGCAGCGCUCGUACACGCACGGAUCAGCCGUGUGAGAGGGAGAUGGUGUGCGGCAGAAAAUCAAAAUUAGAAAUCAUAGAAGAAAGUAUUACGCUAUUGAACACAGAAAAUACAGCCAUCAGAUUUCUUGUAGACCUAGCACACUUCUGGUCUGUGUCUGAAUACAUAUAUAAGUACAUAGAUGCAGAUGAACACUGUAAACAUGAUGAAAGAUCGACAGACUAACUCGAACAUAUCUUUAAUCUUUAGGACUUUGGGUAGCGCUUCCUUUCCUUCCUGUCAACCUCUCCAGAGGGGUGUCUGCUGAUGGCAGAAAGAUUACAUCACCUCUGGUUGGAACCCUGGACAGUGCCACAACCUUUGGCUUGGUGUCCAGUGUGAUGCCCCAUCGCCACCUUCUGACCUAUUUUCUUCUCCGCUCUGUGACUACUUCAAGAGGGGCAUUCCUGUGUGGAGGCGUGCCAGGCAGCUCGUUUUACCUGUGAACUUGCGUACUUUCACUUCAUCAACAACAAAGACCACCAUGGCUGGUUCAACACCUGCAAGACUGAAGGUGAUUUUAGGAGAGAACAACAUUGAAAAGCUGACUCUUCCAAAUGGCAUCCCAGAGUCACUUGAAGACCUUCUCAGCACGAUAAAGACUACCUUUGGGUUAAAAGGUAACUUCAGACUGCAAUACAUGGACCAAGACUUUGGCAACGACUUCUUCAAUCUGAAUUCUACCACCGAACUUCGGAAUUUGGGGACAAUCAAAGUGAUCCACCAGCAAACAAAUCCACCUUUGAUCAGUGCCGAUCAGUCCACUUCAUCUCUGUCUCUUUCAUUUGAGUCUGAUGACGGUAUUUCGGUGGCAUCAAAUGACACAAUUAUCCUCUCAUCCCCUGAAUCUGUCAUCUCGAACACAACAGUGGCCAGAAGACUUUGCAAUUCCCCAAUUUUCAUAUGACACAGAGCUACAGCUAGAGAGGGGGAAUACUGAGUACCGUGUGAGCCAAAAAAUGUUGACUUUAAGCGCCCGAAUGCUGUCUGAUAUCCUGAAAAGAGUUGCAGAAGAAAUUUACCGUUACAAGGCCUAUCCAGAGGAUGCACAUUUCUGCGCAGCUGCAGAGGCCCUUAUCAAAAAGCACCCAUGUUUGAAAGAACCUGGAUCAUUCAAUGGCUGCUACGGUUGGAAACAACGACUGAAGUACAAAAUGGCAAACUACAGGACCCAGCUCAAAUUACAGGGGUGUCCAGAGCUGUGUGUAAACUCACUGAAAUCUAAAGCUACUACAGAUGCUUUCCCUGCUAAAAAAGUGAAGAAGCCAAAACGUUCUGAAGCUAACUUUUAUCCAUCCUUUCCUACUGGUGAGACUCUGGACAGCAUGGAAAAAGUGAGACUAGAACUUCUGACAGAGAUCGGGAUAAGGGACAAUGAAAGGGUCAUCGCAGACAAAAUGGCUAACACGUUUGCCUACAGACGACAUGAGGUGGUAAACCAAGAACCAAGCAUUCAGGAACUGAAGGACAGAUGGCCUGCACUCUUCACACAGAAAGAGAUAAAUACAGAGUUCCAGAGGCUCAUGGCUGUUCCUCUUGAGUGGAAGUUCAUGGCCCAGUUAGACAUGCACUCAAGUCAGCUGAUCAAAGUCAUACAUUCCAAAGGAGGAGCAACACGCCAAAAGAUUGCGAACAUCAUGGACACAUUGGACCAGACUGUGGACAUUAAUCAUCGGAGGGAAUGUGUGCUGAAAGCCCUCACCAUCUUCCUGGGAGAAGAUGCAGAUGGCCUGAUCAAGGAAUACCUUGACUGUGGAGCAGAUGAUGUUCAGAAGGACCUGGAGGAGGUCACCAUGGCAGUGUAUGUGAUUCGGAAGGAGGGGGAGGGACUGCAGGAGCCACCUGAAGACAUUGGCAUUGUCAUUGAGGGUGUGGAAGUGUUGCAUGAACUAACUUCGGUUGCCUCAGCUUGUGCCCUGCUUCUAGGUUUGAUCUAUGCACUCAACCUAGCUUAUCCAAAACCCUUUCGCUUCACUUUUGAAGUGCUCCAAAAAAUCUUCAUGCAGCUUGAUCAGCACAAGAUGUCCCCCAAAGUCCAAAAUCUGUAUAUCAAACUUCAAAGCUCCCAGUAAUGGCACAGAACAAUGACCAACAAAUGGCCUUGUGCCAUAAUGCGAAGGAACAACUGUGUUUGGAAAUAUAGUGAAAAAUCUGUAAAAUAUGUAGUCUCUUUUGGAUGUUGGGCCUUUUUUAUGCUCCAAGAGACCUCAAACCACAAUUUAAUGUGCUUUUAUACAUACUUUGUAUGGUAUUUUUAUUUAUUUUUUAAUUUUUUUUCAGACAUAUUUGCCUUCGUUUCAAGGGAAAGGUUGCAUUUCAGGUUUGAUGUGCUCAGUUAUACAACAAACUGUUGUGACAUUCUAAAACUCUAAAGGAGUGUUUAUAUUUUUUCAUCCCCAUUGGUCAGCUACACUGUUCAGAUAUUUAUUCAUUGGCUAUAGCUGAAGAGAAGUUUCUGUAUACUCUUGGGGCACUUUUUCAUAGUUGACACUAUAUGUGUUGAGAUUGAUAUUUGUGUAAUACUGUGUUGCACUUUACACUUUGAUGACAACUUUGUGGUCCUACUAAGCGUUACUUGCAUUUUGUGCAUAUGUGUUUUAAAAAGGACAAAUGUGUAAUGUGUUUGACCAAAAGCUGUGUUGG